CUCCACAGAAGAACUGUCUCCUGCUCAGUGGUCAGCUCUGACCUUCAUCUUACUGUCAUCAGAAGAAAAUCUGGAUGAGUUUGACUUGAAGAAAUACUCUGCUUCUGAGGAGGCUCUUCUAAGAAUGCUGCCAGUGGUCAAAGCCUCCAACAAAGCUCUACUGAGUCUCUGUAACCUGUCAGAGAGAAGUUGUGAAGCUCUGUCCUCAGGUCUCAGCUCUCAGUCCUCUAAUCUGAUCAAGCUAGACCUGAGUAACAAUGACCUGCAGGAUUCAGGCGUGAAGUUUCUGUCUGAAGGACUGAAGAAUCCACACUGUAAACUGGAAACUCUCAGGCUGUCAGGCUGUCUGAUCACAGAGGAAGGCUGUACUUCUCUGGCCUCAGCUCUGAGCUCCAACCCCUCCCAUCUGAGAGAGCUGGACCUGAGUUACAAUCAUCCAGGAGACUCAGGAAUGAAGCUGCUGUCGGCUGGACUGAAGGAUCCAGGCUGGAAAAUCGACACAAACACAGUGAACACAAAGCUCCAACUGUCUGACAACAACAGGAAGGUGACACGUGUGGAGGAGAUUCAGUCAUAUCCUGAUCAUCCAGACAGAUUUGAUUACUGGAAACAGCUGCUGUGUAGAAAUGGUCUGACUGGUCGCUGUUACUGGGAGGUCGAGUGGAGAGGAAAUGUUUAUAUAUCAGUGAGUUACAGAAGCAUCAGAAGGAAAGGAGGCAGAGACUGUGUGUUUGGAUACAAUGAUCAGUCCUGGAGUCUGAACUGCUCUGAUUAUGGUCCUCAUCAUGUCUGGCACAAUAAGAUUAAAACAUCCAUCUCCUCCUCCUCCUCCUCCUCCUCCUCCUCUGUCUCUAACAGAGCAGCAGUGUAUGUGGACUGUCCUGCUGGCACUCUGUCCUUCUACAGAGUCUCCUCUGACACUCUGAUCCACCUCCACACCUUCAACACCACAUUCACUCAAACUCUUUAUCCUGGGUUUACAGUCAUUCCUGGUUCCUCAGUUUUCAGGGCUGAAGCAAAACACGGAGAGGAGGAAUUGCUGAAGCGGUUCUGA